AUGGCCAUUCUUACAGGUUCAUCGCUUGGUACAAUAUUACUAAUAAUAGGUGUAUAUGCAAUGUGUAAUGUUAUUCAAGUCGUAGAAGGUCGUUUUCUUUGGGAUCUAAGUUUAUAUUGUAUUAAUUAUUGUUCACGUAACAAUAGUCAAACAUCUCCCAUAGGGAUUUGUUCAUGUCAUCGUAUUGCAUCUUAUAAUCGUCGAAUGGCGACAACAGAAGAUAUUCAAAUAGAACCAAAACAAGAUUUUCAAUAUUAUUAUUCUCAACAACCAAUUUAUAAUGAUGUUCCAUAA